CCAGGCGCGUAACUCCUACUCUAACGAGGUGGUGGCCAUCAAAAAGAUGUCCUAUAAUGGCAAGCAGACUACCGAAAAGUGGCAGGACAUCAUUAAGGAGGUCAAGUUUUUGGGACAGCUGCGACACCCAAACACAAUUGAGUACAAAGGAUGCUACUUGAAAGACAACACUGCCUGGCUGGUGAUGGAGUACUGCCUGGGCUCCGCAUCAGAUUUACUAGAGGUUCAUAAGAAACCACUGCAAGAGUUGGAAAUUGCUGCCAUUACCCAUGGUGCCUUGCUAGGACUGGCUUACCUACAUUCCCAUAAUAUGAUUCACAGAGAUGUGAAAGCUGGUAACAUCCUGCUGACUGAGCUGGGUCAGGUCAAACUGGCCGACUUUGGCUCCGCCUCCAUUGCCUCACCUGCCAACUCCUUUGUGGGAACACCUUACUGGAUGGCCCCGGAAGUGAUCCUAGCCAUGGACGAGGGUCAGUACGAGGGAAAGGUGGACAUCUGGUCGCUGGGGAUCACCUGUAUUGAACUGGCGGAACGCAAACCUCCCUUAUUCAACAUGAAUGCUAUGAGUGCCUUAUAUCACAUCGCACAGAACGACUCUCCCACGCUACAGUCCAAUGAGUGGUCUGACCCCUUCCGGAGCUUCGUCGACUACUGCCUACUGAAAAUUCCUCAGGACAGACCCUCGUCAGGGGAGCUGCUAAGACAUGAUUUUGUGCGUCGGGAACGCUCGCCGCGCAUUCUGCUGGAACUCAUCCAGAGGACCAAGGAUGCGGUGCGGGAGCUGGACAACCUGCAGUACCGCAAGAUGAAGAAGAUCCUCUACCAAGAGAAGCACAACGGACCAAUGGGAGAGAGCCAGGAAGAGGAGGAGGAUAGCGAGGCAGCCAGCUGUAAGAUGAACAGCCUGGGAAGCAACCACUCCAUCCCGAGCACUUCGGUCAGCACAGGCAGCCAGAGCAGCAGCGUGAACAGCAUGCAGGAGGUACUGGACGACAGCUGCUCCGAGAUGACCAUGAUGCACCCACAGGACUACAGCAGCACCCUGGAAUCCUCCCCACACACAAAGAAGUACAACUGGGACGAUGGGAACCACCGGGACCAACUGCAAGGGCUGCGGCCGUCCUCCUCCGACAAGAGCAGCCAGGCCCAGAACUACAAGAACCAGAGCCGCUUCGCCACCAUCAAAUCGGCCUCUCUGGUGACCAAGCAGAUCCACGAGCAUGAGCAGGAGAGCGAGCUGCGGGAGCAGAUGUCGGGAUACAAGCGCAUGCGGCGGCAACACCAGAAGCAGCUGAUCGCCCUGGAGAACAAGCUGAAGGCCGAGAUGGACGAGCACCGGCUCAAGCUGCAGAAGGAGGUGGAGACGCAGGCCAACAACGCCUACAUCGAGCUGGAGAAGCUGGCCAAGCGCCACGCCGUGCAUUCUGAGAAGGAGAUGAAGACGGCGAUGGCGGAUGAGAAGAAGUUCCAGCAGCAGAUCGUGGCCCAGCAGAAGAAGGAGCUGACCACCUUCCUGGAUAAUCAAAAGAAGCAGUACAAACUCUGCAAGGAGAAGAUUAAGGAGGAGAUGAACGAGGACCACAGCACCCCCAAGAAGGAGAAGCAGGAGCGCCUGUCCAAGCACAAGGAGAACAUGCAGCACUCCCAGGCCGAGGAGGAGGCCAUGCUGCUGGCCCAGCAGAGAGUGUUCUACGACAGGAACUGCCGCGCCUUCAAGCGCAAAGUCAUGAUUAAGAGGCACGACCUGGAGCAGGAACAGAUCCGAGAGGAGCUGAACAAGAAGAAGACCCAGAAAGAGAUGGAGCACGCCAUGCUGAUCCGCCACGACGAGUCCAUGCAGGAGCUGGAGCACCGGCAGCUGAAGACGCUGCAGAAGCUGCGCAUGGACCUGAUCCGCCUGCAGCACCAGACGGAGCUGGAGAACCAGAUCGAGUACAACAACCGGCGAGAGCGAGAACUCCACCGCAAACACGUGCUGGAGCUCCGGCAGCAGCCCAAGAACCUCAAAGUGAGUCGGGAAAAAAGUCUUUCAAAGAUGUGGUUAUUGUCGUACAG